GAGAGUGAGAGAAAGAUCGUCAAGCUUCGAAGCUUUCGUUCGGGAGGCGGCCAUGGCUUCCUUCACUUGUGCCCUAAGCUCGCCGGCUCUGAUCAAUGGCAAUGGCAAGCUCGCCCCCCGGCCUCAUUGCUCUCCUGUGAAAGGGCUUCCUCCAUUGCCGUCGUCGCUGAACCGCUCGCUCCAUCCUUUUGUAUUGAAGAACACCAUUGGUUGCCACAUACUUGCAAAAGUUGUUGUUGUCAGGGCAACAGGAGAAACACCAGCUGAAGGUGAAACUGAGCUUCCAGAAAUUCUGAAUACCAUUCAAGAGACGUGGAACUCGCUUGAUGAUAAAUAUGCAGUUGCUGCCCUUGUGUUUGCUUUAGUAGUUGCUCUAUGGUGCUCCACAGGAUUGAUCUCGGCUGUCGAUAGACUUCCUUUACUUCCUGGCAUUUUUGAACUUAUUGGAAUUGGCUACACUGGGUGGUUUAUCUAUUGCAAUCUGAUUUUCAAGCCGGACAGGGAAGCUUUGAUUACAAAAGUCAAAUGCACCUAUUCUGACAUAAUUGGGAAAAGUUACUGAACCAGACUGAUGCCAUGGGACUUAGCUGUAUUCCAUCUAGUCAAUUGUAGUUCCAUGAGACAAAUUUUUAUUUUUAUUUGAUGUUUGUAUCUAAUGUCCAUCUUAUCUAUUGAAUAUUUAUUAGUA